UUUGGCUUCUCAACCCACCCGGGGGCUUCCAAGGUGCGUCUACUGGUUGACAACUGCCUGGGGUAGCUAGCCGGACGUGUCCCUUGCAGCCCUGGCUGGUGCUUUUUAUUUACUAGGGAACACUGUUUCCCCGCAGGAGAGCCCGGGAUCGCGCAGGCAGGCGCGCGCGCGCGCGUACACAGACACAGACACACAGACACAGACACACACACACACACACACACUCGCGCGCGCACACACAUAUACACACACACACACACACUGGCGCGCUCGUCUUCACAGUUGCAUCCCCAAACCCGCAGAGAGAAGCUACUGCAAUUUCUCUUAACCCCAGGAUCGUGGGGCGAAGCAGAGCCAUUGUGCAUCAGGGAGAACCUGGUGCCUGCGCUGCCGCCUCGGGUACAAAACCAAGCAGACCGCUCACCCCAUCGGCUGGAAUGCUUGCUGAUUCCUCUGCAAACUUCUAAGACUGAGACCCUGAGGAACCCAGCUAGACAAUGCCGUCUGAACGCUGCCUCAGUAUUCAAGAAAUGCUGACAGGCCAGAGGCUCUGCCACUCAGAAUCUCACAAUGACAGCGUCCUGGCAGCGCUGAAUCAGCAGAGAAGUGACGGCAUCCUCUGCGAUGUCACCUUGAUUGCUGAGGAACAGAAAUUCCAUGCUCACAAGGCAGUCCUGGCAGCAUGCAGUGACUACUUUCGGGCAAUGUUCAGUCUUUGCAUGGUGGAAAGUGGAGCUGACGAGGUGAAUUUACACGGUGUGACCAGCCUUGGUUUGAAACAGGCUCUGGAGUUUGCAUACACAGGACAGAUUUUAUUGGAGCCAGGCGUGAUCCAGGAUGUCUUAGCAGCUGGCAGUCACCUACAACUGUUGGAGCUUCUCAACUUAUGUUCCCACUAUCUUAUUCAGGAAUUAAAUAGCUUUAAUUACUUGGAUCUGUACAGACUUGCUGACCUCUUUAACCUCACUUUGUUGGAGAAAGCAGUGAUCGAUUUCUUAGUGAAACAUCUCUCUGAACUCCUGAAGAGCCGACCAGAAGAUGUUCUAACGCUUCCUUAUUGCCUGCUUCAGGAGGUCCUGAAGAGCGACCGCCUGACUUCUCUGAGUGAAGAGCAGAUCUGGCAGCUAGCUGUGAGGUGGUUGGAACACAACUGCCAUUACCAGUACAUGGAUGAACUCCUGCAGUAUAUUCGCUUUGGCCUAAUGGAUGUGGAUACUCUCCAUACAGUUGCCCUGUCCCAUCCCCUCGUCCAGGCAAGUGAGACGGCAACAGCUCUUGUCAACGAGGCCCUGGAAUACCACCAGAGCAUCUAUGCACAGCCUGUCUGGCAGACCUGCAGGACCAAACCACGCUUCCAAUCAGAUACUCUGUAUAUCAUUGGUGGGAAAAAGCGUGAGGUGUGUAAAGUCAAGGAACUUCGGUACUUUAAUCCUGUUGAUCAGGAGAAUGCUCUCAUAGCUGCCAUUGCCAACUGGAGUGAACUGGCUCCCAUGCCUGUGGGGAGGAGUCACCAUUGCGUGGCAGUCAUGGGGGACUUUCUUUUUGUAGCAGGAGGGGAAGUGGAGCAUGCCAGUGGCCGGACAUGUGCUGUGAGGACUGCCUGUCGCUAUGAUCCCCGCAGUAAUUCCUGGGCAGAGAUAGCACCCAUGAAAAACUGCCGGGAGCAUUUUGUGUUGGGUGCCAUGGAUGAAUACCUCUAUGCAGUUGGGGGCAGAAAUGAACUGCGUCAGGUUCUGCCUACAGUUGAGCGAUAUUGCCCCAAGAAGAACAAAUGGACUUUUGUGCAGUCCUUUGAUCGAUCUCUAUCAUGUCAUGCUGGAUAUGUGGCUGAUGGUCUUCUUUGGAUAUCAGGUGGAGUUACUAACACGGCACAGUAUCAGAACAGACUAAUGGUAUAUGAACCUAACCAGAAUAAGUGGAUAAGCCGCAGUCCCAUGCUACAGAGAAGGGUCUACCAUUCCAUGGCUGCUGUCCAAAGGAAGCUUUAUGUUCUUGGAGGCAAUGACCUAGACUACAAUAAUGACCGGAUCCUUGUGAGACAUAUAGAUUCCUAUAACAUUGACACUGACCAGUGGACACGUUGUAAUUUCAACCUGUUAACUGGUCAGAAUGAAUCUGGAGUUGCUGUCCAUAAUGGGAGAAUAUAUUUAGUCGGUGGAUAUUCGAUUUGGACAAAUGAACCCCUGGCUUGUAUCCAGGUAUUGGAUGUAAGUAGAGAAGGCAAAGAAGAAGUGUUCUAUGGGCCUACACUCCCUUUUGCUUCCAAUGGAAUAGCAGCAUGCUUCCUCCCAGCCCCAUAUUUCACAUGCCCUAACCUUCAAACUCUUCAAGUGCCUCAUCACAGGAUUGGCACCAUCUGAAAGCCAAUGCUCUGUUAAUAACUAUCAUACCAGGUGGAAAAACAAAGGGUGACUGUUGGAUACUGGGCAUGAAGAGCCUCAGUCUUAAUGCUUCCUUGUUUUGUGUUAUAGGUCUGAUAUUCACAUACAUAUUAGCAAAAAAUGAACAAUUUUCUAAAAUACAUUACUGAAAAUUCCUGUCACUCUUCUAAGUGUAUGUCAACAUACAAUACAAUAUGUAUGACUUUUACUGUGAUGUAGCUUAGUGUCAACUUAAUGGUACAUUAUUGUUCCAUGGGUCUUUAAAACAUUCUUUAUAUACUUUUUCUAAUCAGUGCUAUCUAGGACAAUAUGACACUGUUGGCAAUGCAGUUAAUUUCACACAAUGGCAUCAAUGAUCUUAAAAUCUUCCACACUUACUCCCUUUACUACUCAAACAUGAGCUUCUAAUUCUUCUUUUUAAAGUUUAACAUUAUGCAGCCCUGCUCAGUAGAGAGUCAGCAUUAGGACAUCAUAAAUUUUUAAGUGCCAUAUUUUAUUCAAGGUGAUGCGAAUAAUAGAAGUACACUGGGACAGCAGUUGGAAUAUCCAGAAUUUUUGCCUUGGUUACUCUGACCUUGAGCCAGAACUUUUUGGUACUGUAGUCUUCCUACCUUUUAAGGAGGAUCAUUACUGAUUUCCAUAUUAAUUCAAAAGAAUGUUGUGAGCACUAGGCAAAUGCUCUGAAGUACUUCCCCUAAGAAAAACAAAUGCUACUCAAAUUAUGAGGCAUUUUACAAUCUUGAGAACCCUGUAACUGAAUCAGAUUACUUUUACAUUUAGAAAUUACUAGAUAGGAUUUGGAAAACAUGCUACGGAAUAAAUGAUUCUGAAAAGCAUGUGAGACAUACACCUUUUAUAACCAGAAGAACGUUUACCAAUACCAAAGAUAUCUAAAUUUCUAAAAUCCUUGCUCAAAUAAUAACUCUUAAAUUAAGUCUCAUUUUAAAUCACUUAGUGAAAAAUGACAUUUUAAAGCUAAAAAAAAAUAGUUGUACUAAUUAUGGUACCAUAAAGUGCUUUGACAUAAAUUUGAACUUAGAAUUGGCAGUUCUAAUAAAAGUUUUCCAUUUUGUUAAAGGUUAUGUCAAUCUUGAGGGCUUGUGGGAAUCUUCACCACCACUGAUACAUAUUUUAUUACGACCACUUUUAAUAAUGCAUAAGAAUUCAUUUUUAGGCUAGGUUUUUGGGUUUGCUUUGUCUAUGACAAAAAAAUAAAUAAAACAAUAAUCACAUUUGAACAUAAAUUCAACAAGUGUAAGUGAGUUUCUUUUCUCCUAAUCUUACCAGGACUUAAGGUCAUCUAUAUUAAAAGGAAUCUUUUACUCUGACCUUUUUCCUUCAUCACUUUAAUCAUUCAGCAAUUCCUCACUUAUAGAAAAUGUCAUUUUAUUCACAUAAUCAUAUUUAGUAAUCAAAAUGAAUAAAAAAAUUUAUCAUAAAUAAGAAUCCCCUGACUUUAUACACUGUUAUAAGAUACCUAAACAUUAUUUUAAAAAAUAUAUGAUUUCUGGUUAUUCAAAAAUUAAAGGACAGGAGGAGAUAAGGAAAAAAGGUUAAUUUUAAAAGGUAAUUUAAAAUUUAGUUUGGAUAAAUAAAAAACCCAUAUGACAAUUUGGACAGUUAUGAACAAUGAAAAUUGAUAUUGAUUACUGAUAUGCAGAAUGUGGAAAACUUCUUUAAAAUGUAUAUAAGCCACUUAAAUUAAAAUUUUUAAUUGGUUUACCAAGUCAGGAAACAGACUCUAGGAUUUAGGAAAUGUUUCAACAAGGACCUAUGCAAUCUCCUUAAAACACAAAUUUUUUCUCCAGCAGUUUACCCUUAACCCAUUAAAAUCUAUUUGUAGAACCAGACUCUACAUCCAGGGAGUGAAAGGGAAAUGGCCUAAGAAUAAUCUUGCCUGAAAGAUAAUGGAAAGGUAGACUUAGACUACCCUUUAUUAUUUCUGGACAGAUUUCUAACUCUCAAAUAAAACAAACCAGCAUAUAUUAUCACAUCCUCCUUGGUGAUCCUUAUAAUGUAUUAUUCACUAAUGUAAUCUAGUAUUGAAGUCAGAAUUUUAAAAAGUUUUGCAUAGAGUUGAAUGCAUCUUUUAUAGUAAGCUAUAGCCAAACAGUAGCAUCAAAAGUAGAAUAUUUCUUUUCUAAAGAGAAAAAAACCCAGAUUGCUUAGAACUAGACCCUUUUACUCAAAAUUAUCAUUAAUCAGAAAAAAAUUCUAUAAAACCAUUUGGUUGGUCAUAUAAGCCAAAUUCCAUUAAAUUGUUCAAAUAUAAUAUUUUCUAUUUAAGUAUCCUGAUUUAUCUUCCAUUUUGAGUCUGCAAAAUUAAAGGCAAUUAUAUUGCAUUUUAAUUUCUACAGAAACCCCUAAGACUUCCAAAGAUUAAAACAUCAUUUAGAGAUUUUAGUUUAAAAACAGAAACAAAAAGUAGUACCACACAGAUCUUAUUAGAAUAUUCUCAGUGUUCAAGGAAAAAUGAGCAAAGACAUAAUUCUCUAUAAUAAUGUAAAUGUUAAAAUGGAGCAACAUUACUUAAAUAAGAACAAAAUGCCUUGUAAGAACAAAAUGCCUUUUAGGUUAUGAUUAGGGUACUUUUCAUACUUUUUUCCCCAUAUUUUCCUCACACCUUAAGUACAUGUUUAUUGUACCCCCUUCUGCCUCUGCAAUAGCUGAAACAUUUUUAUCGUUGUACCACAAAAUGUAAAAGCAACAAAUUAUUUCUCCAGGUAAUAUGGCUUAUUUUUAGUUUGCUUUUCAAAUAGUGAAUCUGUUAUAAAAAGGAAGGAAGUUGAAUAAUCAUGGGAAUAAUUUACAUCAAAUAUAUAGAUUUUAUACACACAUAAAUUUAAUCUUUAUUAUAGGUACAAAUAGCUUAUAACUCUGCAUAUAAAAUAAGAAUGUCCACAUUUUUUUUUCUAAAAGCACAAUUCACAAAUGCAAUAAAUUGAAUAAAUAUGACAUACUAAAAAUUUAACAAGUAAAAAUUGUUCAAUUACAAUCUGACUUUGGUAACCUUACCAUACAGGUUAUCACAGAGUGAAAACAUAACUCUAAUUAAAUAUGUGAAAGAAUAUGUUAUUUUGCUAACUUCCCAAAUCAACUGUUCUAAACAAAUAAAGUAUAUUAUUUAUAUUGGUAUCCUACACUCUUACCUAACAAGGUAAAGAGAUCAGUUUCUGGAAGAUGUAGGUUGUUGUAAAAAGCUAUCACAAAGUAGUGGCUUAGUAUAGACAAUACAACUUUUGAUGAGAUUUCUAUGAUAUUUACCUCUGAUCUUUUAAAUAUGAGUGCUAUGAUAUUAUGUAGGAUUUAGGGACAGAUUUCUAAAAGGGUUUCUCAAAUGCAGAAGCUUAACUGGUAAAGAUUUUUUUAAGUACAUGGGAACAGGCCCAUGCAAUUCUUUAAGAAUAAAGAAGCUUAAAAAACUGUAAUAAAGGGCUGGGGUUGUGGCUCAGUGGUAGAGCACUUGCCUCACGUGUGAGAGGCACUGGGUUCAAUUCUCAGUACUGCAUAUAAAUAAAUGAAUAAAAUAAAGGUCCACCAACGACUAAAAAUUUUUUUAAAAACUGUAAUAAAGCAUUGUUCAAUGGGUAAUAAAACUCAUUAAUGGUCUAAGACCUACAAAUAAUUUCUUAAAUAGACAUUGAUGUAGGAAAAGUCAAAUACAGUCACAGAUCACAUAACAGGGAUACAUUCUGAGAAGUGUAUCAUUAGGCAAAUAUCAGAGUGUACUGACAUAAACCCAGAUGGUAUAAAUCAGUCACUUGAUGUGACAUCUUGAUGCAGUCAAGAGAUGUGACAAACAGGAGAUGUAUGAGGCUGUUACCAGUGUAACAUGACACCCUAUUUUACAGUAAACAUUUUUUAAAUAAAUAUGUUCUAAAAUAAUGAUUAAAAAGUAUAGUAUAGUAAAUAAUAUGCAGUAGUAGUAAUUUAUCAUUAUCAAGUAUUAUGUCCUGUACAUAAUUGUAUGUGCUUUACUUUUAUGAGUGGCAGUAAUGUAGGUCUGUUUACACCAGCAUUACCACAAACGAGUGAGUUAUGUGUGGUGCUGUGAUGACACAGUGACUGUAUCACUAGGCCACAGGACAUUUUUAGCUUCCUUAUAAUCUUAUGGGAUCACUUUGGUACAUGUGGCCCAUCACUGACUGACAUGUUAAGAAGCACAUGACUGUAUACUUAAGAGAAUACAGGUAGAGAUAUACACGUUUUAAACUAUGAAAUUCUUCUAAUGCAAAUGAACUUAACACAGAAUGAUUUUUUUUUGCAUAGAGACGAUCCUCCAUGUCUUUUUCCCCCUCCCCUAUGGAAACCUUCUAAUUAAAUGUUAACUAAAUUGAAAUUUAAAUAAUAAGCAAAUCCUAAUGUCUAAUAAAAAUCCUUUCAUCA